AUGCUGAAGGAGGCGAUUAUGGAGCAAGUUCCAUCAAAAGACGUGAAGCAAAUAUUGGAGAAGGAGGGCAUCAACUACAGCGAAGUCCUUCAACUGAGUCUGAUGCUGAGAAGUAAGAAAGAUAAAGGAUCAUUCAAACAACUCUAAUGAACGUGGAUUCGGUUAUUUUAGCUGUUUUUCUUCUUUCCUAUUCAGAUAUCCCUUUGAUUGAUAACCUGUGGGAGUUCACAUCAUUGGAGAAGCUCAAUUUGAGCAAUAACCGCAUAGAGAAGAUUGCAGGCCUGCACAGUCUCUUGAAUCUGACAUGGCUGGGUAAGAUAAACCUGUGGAAUUUUUUUUUUAGAGAGAUAGAGAUUUUGAUUAUUCGAUCAAAUAUACACCACAGGCCAAAAGUUUGUAAGCAAGGCCAUUACAGGCCGAACAGUUGGGAGUAACUUCAAGUUUUUGUUCACAAUGCUUUUUAAAAAAAUCUAGCUUGAGUUUUAUGUAUCUUCAUUUGUACCAUACCCACAUACAAUAUAAUUAGUGUGACAAAACGAAAAUCACUUAUAGGAGUAUUUUUCAACCAUACUCUGCUUUAAUUAACAUUUAAACUGUGUUAUUGUUUUGCUUUGCUUAAUUUCAUCGGCCAAUCUGUUCCAUAGCUUCACCCCCAUAACAGAAGGACACAUGCUAUUUUGUGUUAUACGAACGCCAGGUUGUUUUAAAUUUCAUUUCGUUUUAAGUUUCAGACUCCACCCAUUUACCUUUGCUGAUAAACUUUACCAUCUUUAUAUUCUUUAGAUCUCUCAUACAACUACUUGUCAGAAAUCGAGGGUUUGGAGUCUCUGCAAAAGCUUCAAGUUCUGAAUUUGACCGGCAACAGGAUCUCUGUCAUUAAAAACAUGGACGCACUUGAAAAUCUCGCUCAAUUUAGCAUCGGAAACAACAACGUUGAACAGCUGGACGAUGUAACAACCUUUCCUUCCUUACCACAGUAUAACACCUGUGUUUUUUUUUCAUAAUCUACUUGUUUGCACUGCAAGAACCACAUAACAUUAAUGCUGUAGACUGUACAACUCUUCAGAACAACUAUAUAAUCUAAUAUAAACUAAACAUAUUUAAAGGUGCUCUACCUCAGGAGGUUUACGGGCCUGUGCUCCCUCAACCUGUUUGGAAAUCCUGCCUCUAAAGAUGAGAACUACAAGCUUUUCAUUGCAGCCUACUUUCCAAAUUUGGUGUACUUGGACAACAAAUUACUUGACAGAGAGACGGUAAGUGUUGUGGUCUCAUUGUAACAUUCUGUGAUUAAAUCUUAAUGUCAUAACUAUGCUGAGAUUUUUUGAAAUGGCUUGCAUACUUUAAAAAAAGAUUUUUUUAUGUGUUCAUGCACAGAAAAAGAAAGCAAAUCUCAAAUACCAAACUGUCCUGGAGGAAAUAAGACUCAAGGAGCUGGAGGAAGCUGUGCAGAAAGCAGACCAGGUGAUAAUCACGUAUAAGAGGCUACCUCUUACUUUACGCAGAGCUUUCAGUACAUGUAAUGUGUUGACAAUGUUUUUUUUUUUAUCCUGUAGAAUGAGUUUGUGAAGUUCCUCAAUGAGUGUUGUCCAUCUGAGAGCAUGCUCAAAGCAAAUCCAACAGCAGAGACAUUACGUUGUGUGCCUGAAAUUGCUGAAGUGAUGGAGGCAUAUCCUUUUUUUGUAUGACCUUGUCCGGAGGGGGCGCCAAAAUCAACACAAAAUGAAACAGAGAAAGAGUGCAAACAUAUCACUGGUUACUUUGCCUUUCUACCAUUCAUGGAGAAAGUGUAGCGCAAUGAUUACUUGAAUUCUUUGACUCUAAACUCACAUAUGAGGGCCAAAUGCAGGAGCUGUGUGCAGAGAUAACUACGUUAAGCUUGGCUGAACACAAUCGAAGGGAGGCAGAAGUGGAUUUAUUCAUCAGCGCUCAUUUUGCGGCUAUGAAAGACUACAAGAUGAGAGUAUCUGAAAUAAUGCAGCAGAACCUACAGGUGAGCUUUAAGGUUGAUAAUGUUUUAAAAAGAAAUGUUCUGGGUCUUUUUAAAUAUGGACGUUUUUGCAUAUCACACCCCUGCAGAGGAUGCUGGAGCUACUGCAGGAAUCAGACUCAGAUCCACAGAGGGAAAAGAUCAGCCAGUCCUGCGACAGCCUCAUGGGGAAGGAAAUUCAUGUCAGCCAAACAGAGGUCUGUGUGUAUCCUUAAAUGAUUUUAAAAGGAUAUAUCCUUGGUCUUUUUAAUCAUGGGUUUCUCUUGUAUUACCACUUAUGUAGAUUAUGGUGAAGCUGCACCUUAUUCUUGACCCAGAUGUAAAGAAGACAAAGAUCAGCCUCUGCAAAAAUGAAAUCAAGAGGCUCUAUGACAGCUUCAUGGAAAUGGAGUGUCUGCACGUCAGUCAAAUGGAGGUGGGUGUAUAUUCAGGCAUGUGUGCACACUUCAUUCCUUAUACUACAACUAAAGUAUAAUUUUUAAUGAAUACUAAUCAAAUAAGGAUAAUUAGGUCAUCCAAAAUAAAUGGAUUUGUAAAACAAAACUGAAAGUGAGGCUAAAUAAAAGUAUUUUUGAUCUUAAAUACAAAAACAACCACAAGGGACAAACUUAUUUCAUUUGCUCUCUUAUUGUUGAAAUCUGUUUGGUGAUUUUUGAUGUCUGUAAAUGAUAUUUAGUGAUAAAUAAGAUGAUCAAUAGCUGAAUGAAGACAGUCUAUAUUAACGUUUUCACAGGAAAAACUGACAGUCAAUGAAAUCUCUCUCAGGAAAGGAAACUUUAUAAGAUUUUAGAAGACUCAAAUGUACUGAACUAGAUCAGCAAAGAGACUAGAUGUGCUACUUUGCCUGCAGGGGGCGCCAAAAUCCACACAGGUUGAAAGUUUUUCAAAGUAGCCUGGAAAAAAAAUCAAAAUAAUUUCCAAUUAUGAAGAGUUAUCAGUUAUGCUGAGGAUGCAGCAAAUUCUAUCAUGUUAUUUAAUUUUUAGCCGAUUUAUUAGAUUGAUCAAAUUGUUGCUGUUUGACUCAGACAAUUGUAGCAAAGAGGGUUUUAUACAAAAUGGAUCAAAAUACAUCAAAUGUGAUAAUGUGCAUUGCAGCAUGGACUUUAUCUAGUAUUUAAAAUGACUGUGAAGACAAAUUCAAAUCCAAAAAACACAAGUCUAACAUCUGAAUUGUAAAAGUCCAGCCACUGCACCUUCACAUUUUCAAAAUCCAGUCCCUAAAAGUUAAAAAGUCUUUCAUGCAACCAUUUGUUGUUGAAAAGGGAGUAUUUCUGGCAGACUAUAAUAAAUUAAAGCAUAACAAUAAAGAACUACAAAAGAUUUUUACCAGACAUAACUAGUAAACUUUAUAUAUAGAGAGAGAGAUUGAACAACCUGCCUCACACCUGUUGUCAAAAAUGCAACUUUUGUUGAGAUUUGCCCUCUUUCUCUCUGCAGGAUAUCAUCAGCAAGCUGGACCACAACCUCUCUGAAAUGGAUAGCAGCUUCUGCAAAGCAGUUCAGGGGUUAUAUCCUUCCUGACUGUACGGUAACUCUUGAAUAAUUUCUGAAACGCUGGUUUGUUACUCAUCUCCUCACUCAGUAACAAGCAAAUGAGAGACAACCAGUUUAAACUCAAGUCCAAUCUGAGUGAUUUAAUGACUGUUUGAAUCAUCUACUGCUAGUUUUAUUUCCAUGACUCAAUAAUACAUUCACUCAGUGUCGAGAUGUGGAGAAUGAGUACUAUGAUAAGGUAAGCAAGGUGGCUGCCGAGACUCUGGAGAAAGUGGACAAGGACGACUCUGAGCACAAAUUGCACCAUGAUGUUCAAAUAGUAAGUGAUCUCUUGACAAAACUGACAAUCCAAACUGUGGGGUCGCUUUAGAAAUACCUGUUGUUCACACCUGUGCAUUCUGUGUGCAGCUGGUUAUGAAAAAAGAUGCAGUGACCAACGCUCUGAACACUGCUCAUAAAAACCACCUGCAGAAGAUCAACAGCAGGGAGACUCAGCUGGUUAACCAUGUGAAAGAAGCGAAAGAGGCUCUUAUCAAAGGGGUAAGAAGCAUUAACCAAAUUAUAGUAUAUGUUCUAUUUCGAGGUAGGUGGCAAACAUUUCACACAACUUGCAUGUCUAUACCUUUCUGUGUCACUGCAGAUUCAAGACAAAGAACUUUUGGGGAACCGAACUCGUAUGUCAGACAGUCGCAGAUAUGUGGACCAUUUGAGGGAGCAGCUGGAGGAGUUGCCAAAGUAUCCACUAAAGUGUCCAGAAUAAGAGGAAAAUCAGAAGAAGAACAAAAGGAAGAAGGAGAAAGAGAAGAAGAAGAAUCAGAAGAAGAAGUAGAAGAAGAAAAGGAAGAAUAACAAGUAAUUGAGGGCAUUUUCAAAACAGAAAACAAACAAAACUUUCAACAUGACAGAAAGUUAUUAACUACUGCAAGAUUCAAAGAUUUAGGAGUUACGUGCAGUGUAUAGUAUGUGUCCCGUCCAACUGGGUCUAUAAUUGGUGUAAAUAAAAAU